GCAAAGCAGCAUUUGCGGUGUGGAUUACAGGAGACGCUGUGCAGGGUUGAUUUCCCUGGGACCGUGUUCUGUUAGAACAAAGAUUCGUUGAUUGCUUGAUUCUAUCUCAGUGUCCUCGCUGGUGCAGCCGCAGAGGCGCUGAGCGUGUCGUAAGGGAAUGGGGAAGAUAUAUAAGGUUUACGUCUCUGCCCGAGCCGAGGUCGAAGUUGACCUGGGUCCCUUCCCCGGAGCUUCCCGUUCCGGAUUAGAAAGCGCAAGGCCCGCCCAGCUCUUCCUGCAGCAAUUUGCAAACCGUGCGCUCUCGAAGGCCUCUGCAGCGUACCUGGUGCAGGCCGUGAGAGCAGCGGGCAAGUGCGAUGCGGUCUUUAAGGGCUUUUCGGACUGUUUGCUCAAGCUGGGCGACAGCAUGGCCAACUACCCGCAGGGCCUGGACGACAAGACGAACAUCAAAACCGUGUGCACAUACUGGGAGGAUUUCCACAGCUGCACGGUCACAGCCCUUACGGAUUGCCAGGAAGGGGCGAAAGAUAUGUGGGAUAAACUGAGAAAAGAAUCCAAAAAUCUCAACAUCCAAGGCAGCUUAUUCGAACUCUGCGGCAGCGGCAACGGGGCGGCGGGGUCCCUGCUCCCGGCGCUCCCCGUGCUCCUGGUGGCUCUCUCGGCAGCUUUAGCGACCUGGCUUUCCUUCUGAGCGCGGGGCCGGCUCCCACCCCGCGCGCCCACCCACACUCACGCCAUGCUCCCGGAAGUCGAGAGGAAGCUCCAUUCGUUCUUUGGGGACGUUGUGAUUCUGUGAUGCUGAAAACACUCAUAUAGGAUUGUGGGAAAUCCUGAUUCUCUUUUCGAUUUCGUUUGAUUUCUUGUGUUUUCUCUGCCAAAUGUUCCCAAUCAGUGAGCAAGCAAGCACAGCCCAAACCGGACCUCAGCUCCAGUCCGUCUUCCCACAAAAACACGAAAACGGCAAGCCCACCCCCAUUUUCUUUUUUCUUUUUUUCGUUUUUUUCUUUUUUUGGCACAAGAAUCUCAGGAACGGCCCUGGGCCACCUACUAUAUUAACCAUGUUAAUACAUGACAAAUGAUGGGCUCCUCCUAAUAAGAAACAGAGGAGAGGAGAAGGCCAGGGGAGUGAAUUGAAGAGAGAAGCAUCUGGUGAAUAAUUCACGCUCACGUCUUUCUAACAUAGCAUCUUGUUUUCAUCAUUUCCACUGCACAACUCUCCUCGAGAAAAGUGAAAGGACAGAGUGUUGGCCUUGUGUUCUGAGCCUCGGAGGGAGAGGGCGAAAGGGUUGAGAACCCCUCAGGCUAGAGGUACGGCUGCCAGAAGAAACACUGCUGAAGUCACUGAGGUUAAGCUUUACCUGCUCGUGUUGAUGCAUCUUUCCAAGUCCACUGCCUUGAUUUUUCCCUCUUGUUUUAGCUGUUACACAUACAGUAAUACCUGAAUAUCCAACGGUAUAGAUCACAGGGGGGGGUGUUAAAUGUUAAUCUAAAAUAUAGUUAAAAAAGAUUUUGACAUAAAAGAGCCUUGAUUUUAAAAAAAAAAAGAGAGAGAUGUAAUUUAAAAAUGUUUAUUAUAAAUUAAAUUCAGCAAAAAAAGAUUUGCUACAAAGUAUAGAGAAGUAUAAAAUAAAAGUUAUUGUUUGAAA